GAACGGAUAGCAUUGAGAGCAGCGAGAGUGUGUUCUUGCGCAGGCGCGGGGGGUGGAGGGGGACCAGUCAAGCAAUGAGUUUGUCAUACAUGGAAGAAAUAGGAACAUCCCGUAAAAAAGGCUGCUGAACACAGGAAGUGGAAGAGGGCAGCGCUAAAAACAUAACAGCAUUGAAGAUUUUACUGGAAAAAGAACAACAUUACGAGAUCUCUUCGCAGCGAAUGGCUUGGUCCAAUUUAAGAUAAGACAGUAGGUGUGUAAUCCGGAAUGGGAAGAAAUCCAAAGAUGCUCAACACUUUAACACCAAAAAGUCACAUGUUCCAGCUGAGAAGAUGAUUAACUUGACUUCAGUGCGUUGUGGGUCAGUAUGACCCUCCACACUGUUGAAGGGGUCCAAGGGAACUCAAGUGAUGCACAUGAGCAGCAGUAUAAGUUGGACUGUAAGUCUUGAGAAGAUUCAGUCAACAAGGCUUACAUCCUUCCUGCAGAGAAUGGUGCCAACAGGAUUUGUCAGAGUGCAAGAGGAGAGAUUGAUGAUGGCUGAGGUCACCUUGCAGGACGGGCUGCAGACUGGCUUCAGGUCUGAACCCCCUCACUCGGAGAGUCGCCGCCAUUCAGAGCGGGGGCAGAGGUCACCGGGAUACUCUGAAGAAAGGGACUGUCACUUUUCAGAGACGGACGCCAUGUUGCCACAGGAAAGGUUCUCUGAAGAAGAGGAGGAAGAGAAGAAGGAAGAGGAAUCAAACACCAGAAAUAUGCCAAAGGAGUCACCCCUGGCCAUGGCACUCCAGAUUCUGCUGCCCUUCCUCUUGGCAGGGUUUGGCACGGUGUCAGCUGGCAUGGUGUUGGAUAUAGUUCAGCACUGGGAGGUCUUUAUGAACAUCACUGACAUCUUCAUCUUGGUUCCAGCUCUUCUGGGCCUGAAAGGUAACCUUGAAAUGACCUUGGCGUCCAGGCUGUCCACUGCUGUAAAUGUAGGAAAAAUGGACUCUCCUAUUGAGAAGUGGAAACUGAUUAUUGGAAAUCUGGCACUCAAGCAGGUUCAGGCGACCGUGGUGGGGUUCCUGGCUGCAGUGGCGGCAGUCAUCCUUGGCUGGAUCCCAGAAGGGAAGUUCCAGAUGGACCAUGCUGUGCUUCUGUGUUCCAGCAGUGUGGCCACAGCCUUCAUCGCUUCUCUCCUGCAAGGUACUAUAAUGGUCGGCGUUAUCGUCGGCUCAAAGAAGACGGGUAUAAACCCAGACAAUGUUUGCUACCCCCAUUGCAGCAGUUUUGGGGAUCUCAUCACUCUUGCCAUAUUGGCUUGGAUCAGCCAGGGUCUUUACAACUGUCUUGGGCCACACCCCUAUGUAUCUUCUUUAGUAUGUGCCUUCUUCCUGGCGCUGACUCCCCUGUGGAUCGUAAUCUCUCAAAAGCACCCAGCCAGUCGGACCCUGCUAUACUCUGGGUGGGAGCCUGUCAUCACAGCCAUGAUCAUUAGCAGUAUUGGGGGACUAAUUCUGGACAAAACUGUGUCUGAUCCAAACUUGGCCGCAUUUGUUUAUACUCCAGUAAUUAACGGUAUUGGUGGUAAUUUAGUGGCUAUUCAAGCUAGCCGAAUAUCUACCCACCUCCAUUUCCACAGCAUUCCAGGGGAAGUUCCAGAGGAGUCAAAGGGCUGCUACUACCCCUGUAGGACCUUCUGUGGUGCAGGCGCCAAUCACCGGUCAGCCCAGGUGUUGCUCCUAUUGGUCAUCCCCGGCCACCUGAUCUUUCUGUACACUAUUCACCUGAUGAAGAGUGGCCACACCACCCUCACCCCCAUCUUCAUGAUGGUCUACCUGGCUGCAGCGCUUCUGCAGGUGUUGAUGCUCCUGUGUGUGGCAGACUGGAUGGUUCACCGCAUAUGGAGGAACGGGAAGGAUCCUGACAGCUUCUCCAUCCCCUACCUGACUGCUCUGGGGGACCUCCUGGGAACUGCCCUGCUGGCAAUAAGCUUCCACUUCCUGUGGGUCAUUGGGGAUCAGGACAGUGACGUUGGGGACUGAACACCUGCCUACCUGCCUACCAGCUUCCUGUCUUCUGAGACAGGUUACCUGCCUCUACCACCAGUCUGUUAAUCUGCCUGUUCUUAAGCCACAUUCACAAUCUCAAUCACUGGACCCUGUAACUGGUGCCUGUCCCUUCUACAGCAAGUAUACUAGGAGUCUGACUGACUGACUAAUUACCCCCUAUGCAGAGUUCCCUGCAGUGCCAACAUGGAUAUGCACCAGCUGUGCAUUGCAAGCAAAAUCUAGAUAGAAGAUACAUUAAGGUUCUCAGUGGGAUAUCUCAGUUAUCUCUCCGAGUUAGUUAGGCCUUGGAACAAUUCGGAGAUGAGCUUUAAAAAGUGACAGUCAUGCUGCACUUCUGUACUUUAUCUGUUCUUGCAAGAUGUAUCUAUUCAAAAGUGUUUUUCAGCUGUGGGCCUAAGCAUCAUUUAUCAUCUUCAAUGUCAGUAUGCAUACCCUGCUGCCAGCACCUAGUCUAACUGAGGGGCCCAGAGACCAAGCAGCCAACUCUCCCAUGCAUCUUUAAUGCGUCUGCUGCAUUGAUGUCUGUCCAUUCACAUGUUUCUCAGAGUGCUGAGUCGUUACAGGCUUCUACACCUGUCAGACAGGAGCUUUAGAUUGUAUCAGUCACUUAAAUCUGACUGAAAAGCUUUAUGUUUUUUUUUUUAAUAGUUUUAAGUCUUUUUUUUUUUUUUCCUUUUCUACUGCUGACACGAAAUCUCAUGGUUCCCUGAAGGAAACUACAAAACAUGCCUGUCUAGCUGUAUCAUUAUCACUCAGCAGGUAGAGGCUGAAGCAUCAGUUUACAUUCUCUGUUUUAAUUGACUUGGAUUGCUUUUGGCAUCAACCUAAACCUCCAAAGCUGGCAUUAAACUGGGUCAAAAAACUGCAAAGCGGAACUUAAAUGCAGAUUGACUGUAACAUAAUUUAAGCCAUCAUUGCAAGUUAUAUCAAGCUAUCUUGUCUUGUAGGUAAGUGGUUUAAAUGGUAGACAUAGAAGUGAAGUUUAAUGUAUGGAAGUAUCUAACCCCUCUGAGCAGUAUAUAGUACCUAGUUAGAGCAAGAAGCUGUUAACUCCUAUUACAAUCAAAUGCUGACAAACUUCAAACAGACUGAUCCAGCUCUUACACUAUGGGGACUUCAGCUGUCGAAGCACAAUAACUGCAAGUUACCUAUUUGAGCAUAUUCAGAGUAUUGCUGCUGUUAAACUGCACACGUUAUUUCCAUAACAUAUUUCCUCCUACAGUUGCAGUAUUUUUCACAUCCAACUUUUAUUUUUAGACACCAAUGCCCAGGUAUGGAGUUAUAAACCAAUGGGUCAACCAUUCCAUGUGAUUUGACUGUACUGUAGGAUCAAGAUUGUAUGGAUCACUGGUACAUUAUUUAAUUAAAUUGUAUACAUCAGUUAUGAUACCUAACACACAAAGUAUUGUGUGUUAGGUAUCACAUAAGUGAGGGCCUGAUCUCCUAAACAGGUCCUUGGUUGUGGUAACUUUUCAUUUUGGGGUAUUAUUGCUAGUAUACACCAAUGAAGGUUUUUGUUUAUGUUUUAGGUAAUUUUUUCUUUUCUUCCUUUUAUUACUUUUCAUUUUUUGAAUGUGCUUAUGGAGCGUGGGGAUAUUCUCCUAACUUCAGGUGCUGAGUUGUCAUACAGGAUUGUGGCAAGCUGGCCUUAAUGGUGACGUCAGACCCAGAAGAAAUGGUGAAUGCGCUUGCUGGGUUUAUUGUAAAAUUAAAAGUUUUAAUCAAAACAAAACACUCAAAAUAAACGGUGCAAUGGCCAAAUGAACAGACAGACAAAACAAACAGUGGACAAACACUAAACAAUUAUCGUGCGAGUCCUCUCGCACGAGUAGCAUUUGUUAUGUUUAUUUAUUAUUUUAAUCUCUUCUCCACACCUGUUCUCCACUUAUGAACACCCAACCCCGAAUGAGUGAAUUGUGCAACUAUUUAUACAACUAUGUUGGGAUUCAAUUACUGAUUAAUUAUUCACUUGAACCUCAGCACGUGAACUCAUUUGUGCAAUCCCCAUGCCUAAAUACAACUAUAUAUUUUAAGUCACUUGUGCUAUACAGACCCAUUCAUAUCCCAUGCACCAAUACCUAUACACCAACAUUAACACACCACACGCAACAUAUAACACAAAAAUACGCACAGGGGCGGGGCACUUUGCCACAUUUGGUGGCAAAAAGACAUUUGGUUUUUUUACCCAUUGACUUUGCAGACUUUCAUGUCAUUGAUCGUAUUUGUUUUGAGUCAACUCAGAUUCUUAUUUGAAACAUCAUGAAACUUGUUUAGGAUUAGCUGUAUUGAACACUGCCUGAUGGAGUGUGUGGAGGUGAACAAUGCUGAGGUCAGAUCUGUACUGAUCUAGUCCUGUGGAGGUGAACAAUGCUGAGGUCAGAUCUGUACUGAUCUAGUCCUGUGGAGGUGAACAAUGCUGAGGUCAGAUCUGUACUGAUCUAGUCCUGUGGUGGUGAACAAUGCUGAGGUCAGAUCUUUAGUGAUCUAGUCCUGUGGAGGUGAACAAUGCUGAGGUCAGAUCUUUAGUGAUCUAGUCCUGUGGAGGUGAACAAUGCUGAGAGCAUACAAGUCAUGUUACAACCUGCCUCAUCAACACUUCUCCAGUAAGCACCUACAACAGGGGUCUCAUGUAUUAUUAUUAUUAUUAUUAUUAUUAUUAUUUAUUUCUUAGCAGACGCCCUUAUCCAGGGCGACUUACAAUCGUAAGCAAAUACAUUUCAAGUGUUACAAUACAAGUAAUACAAUAAGAGCAAGAAAUACAAUAACUUUUGUUCAAGCAAAGUACAAGUGUGACAAACCACAAUUCAAUAAUACAGCAGAUAAUAGUGAUAGUUACAUCAGGAUAUGAUUAAAUAGUGAUAGUUACAUCAGGAUGUGAUUAAAUACAAAGUACUACAGGUUAAACACUUGGCCGAUAACAGUAUUCUGAAGUACAGGAUUAAAUGCAGUAAAAUAGGGGGCAGAUAAGAGCAAAAUAAAGCACAUUUACAUGAAGGGUGAUAGUGUCCCAGGAUACAAACAGAGGAGUUCUACAGGUGCUGUUUGAAGAGGUGAGUCUUAAGGAGGCGCCGGAAUGUGGUCAGGGACUGGGCAGUCCUGACAUCUGUAGGAAGGUCAUUCCACCACUGCAGAGCAAAGGUGGAGAAGGAGCGGGCUCUGGAGGCAGGGGAGCGUAGCGGAGGUAGAGCUAGUCUUCUAGUGCAGGCGGAGCGGAGAGGUCGAGUGGGGGUGUAGAGAGAGAUGAGGGUCUGGAGGUAGCUGGGUGCAGUCUGGUCAAGGCAUCUGUAGGCUAGAAAUAAAGACAAGGCAGACAAGCAGAAAUACCCAACACUAACCAAACUCUUCAAACAGCUCAGAAAUUCACAAGUUAGAGAAACAAUUUCUCAUUGUAACACUUGUCCUUUUAAAAAAAAAAAAGUGGUCUGAAAUAAAAAAAAAUACUGGAUUACAGAAGUGAAGCAUUAAAAUAAGUGAAUUGAACUGAAAUGGGUAUUUGAAAAAAAUCCAUUAAACAUCAAAUACAUGUUUAAACACAUGUCUGUCUUUCAAUGGUUAUAGAUAUUAGGUUCACAGAAAUUAUUCGUUUGCUUAAUGUUCUUUAAUCUUUUUUUAUUUUAUUUUGUCUCAUCUACCCACCAGUAGUAAACAAACAAUAUUUGAUUGUUGUAUUUUAUAAUGAAAUGAAAAAAUAAGAAACAGUUUAAUAUACCGUCUAUACAAGGUUUUGUAUAGACGGUAUAUUAAAUAGUGUGGCUUUAGAACAGGCUAAAGCCACACUAUUGUUUUCUCCCAAACUACAUAUUUAGUUAAAAAUAAAGGUUUAUGAGCAUUUAACUAAAUGUUUAAAAUAGUUUUUUGGCAAAGCAUUGUAGAAGUGUGAACAUUGACACAUUUGUGGUCUUACCUAAGCCAAAUUUCAUGUUGUGUAAUGACACAUGAUUUUAAUUUAAAAGCUGCUAAACACAGACCACAAACUAAUAUUGCAAAAUGCCUCAAAUCACAAAUACAACUUGAGAAUAAUUAGUCAGUACAGGGCCUUAUAUCGCUGUUGGCUAAAGCAGGAGGAGAAUUAUAAUCCCCACAGCUGCCAUUAUUAAAAGUAGCAUGCUGAUAUUAGGUAUGAAAUCCAGGACAUCAAUUAAUCAGGCCUUGAGGAAAGAAAGCAGCGAGGAGUUUGGAAACAAUGCAUAGAAUAGAUAUAAUGGAGAUUUACAGCAAGAAGCCUUUCGUUUUGAACAGUGUCACAAUGAUUAUGUUUAAACACGCUGUGGUGCCUGUUGUUGAUCUAUAAGAUUCUGGUAACCAUUGAUGCAUGAGCAAGAGUAUGCAAAGGAGUGUCUACCAAGGUUUUAAAAUACAUCUAUUAGCAACAUUACCAUAGGAAUGGACUGAUAAAGAUGCGCCUCAAUCACAUUCAAAUACAAUCAAUUUAUUUUUUUUAUUAUUUUUUUUUUUAUAAAUUUAGUAGUCACCAAUUGAUUUUUACCCCAUUCUUCUCCAAAUUUGAAAUUGCCAAUUGUAUUAUUUUAGGCUCGGCUCAGCUCACCGCUACCACCCCUGUGCUGACUUGGGAGCGGCAAAGACGAACACACGCUGUCCUCCGAAACGUGCUGUCAGCCGACCGCUUUUUUUCACUGCAGGCCUGCCAUGCAGCUACCUCAAAGCUACAGCGUCGGAGGACAACGCAGCUCUGGGCGGCUUACAGGCAAGCCCGCAGACGCCUGGCUAGUCUACAGGGGUGGCUGGUGCGCAGUGAGCCGAGGACACCCUGGCCGACCUAAGGCCUCCCCACCUGGACGACGCUCGGCCAAUUAUUCGCCGCAACCUUAGGAGCUGUCAUCCAGUCGGCUGUGGAAUAGCCUGGACUUGAACCGGUGACCUCCAGGCUAUAGGGCGCAUCCUGCGCUCCACACGGAGCACCUUUACUGGAUGCGCCAAUAGGAAGCCCCAAAUAUAAUCAAUUCUAAACAGCAGCACCAUAAGCAUGUUCCAAGAAAAAUGUUUUAGUGCAAACAUUCACUUCAUAUAAAUAGAUAACCUAAAAUUUGGAACCCGCCUCUGGCAAGAACCAAACAUAAUUCUAUCAGGGUCUGAAGCAAUGGAGACUAAACUCACUAAUGAGAUUACUGGAUCCACUUUAUCUUGUCAGAGGAAUCCAUUUAUAGGCUCAUCGGCUGAACAGUAUCUCUAGAGGAUCAGUUGUCUUGCUCUGUAAUGCAGGUUAUUUGUGCUUUACGGUACAGAGAAUCUCUUGCAGUGUCGAUUUGUUCAUGCAGCAUGUCUUUAUGUAGACUGAAUUCAUUCAAAUCUAUGGGCCAGAUUUAUUAGGCUUUUUUUCCAUUGUAGUUUGCACCACUUUUUUUAAACGGAGAACAACAUGCUAUAAAACCAAGCCCUAAAUGAACAUUCUGCAUGUCUAGUUUUUAAGGAUUCGUAGCAUUUUGUUUUUAAUAAAGUUCUGGAGAAAACUGCACUGGAGGGAAUCUGUCUUCUGUGAGUAGAUAAAUAAUUUACAUUAAUUCAAUUUCCUCUACUCUCUGCCACAUUACACAGAGUAAAUUGUGUUUUUGAGUGCUUUUAACUUCUGUUACUAAUUGAUUUUCCAAGCUUGUUGAGGCAAAUCUUCACCUAGCUAUAAUUUAUACCAUUAGAUUUAAUGGUGUAAACUUACGUUCUCUCAUUAAACAUUUUAGAAUUUCUAUGA